UAGAUAUCCACAACAGCCGCACCAAUCAGGAAUCAGGAUGAGUGAUGGAUAAUGAUUCUGCUUCCUGGGUCUAAUGCAGUAUUCACACCAGUGUGCCAGUGUUCAGUCGUACAUAGUCCCAAGAUGCAGCUAUAACACAGACAGCUCUCAGUACUUAAGGAUGUCUGCGAAGCUACUCUCUCUCUGCCUGCUGCUGGUUCUGUUGGUUCCCAGCUGGGCUGAAAAUCACACGUGUCUCACAUCAGCCUUCAACUGUGAAGAAUGCAUCCAGUCUGGCCCGAUGUGUGCUUGGUGCUCCACUGCCCCUAGCGCUAAUGUUCGCUGUCAUACCUCGAAAGGCCUGCGGAAUGCCGGCUGUCAUAAAAAUGACAUAUACAACCCUAAGGGCAGGGUGCAGGUUGUCAAGAAUGACAGCAGCACUGAGCCAGCAGAUACCAAGACCCUGUUCCUCCAGCCCCAGGAGCUCUCCCUCCACUUGAGGCCGGGUGUGAGCCAGUCCUUCCCUCUCACUAUCACCAUGCCUGCAGAACAGCCUCUCACAGAGCUGACUGUGGACACCAGCCCUGUGCCGGCGGGCAUCAACAUCACAUUCGCUAUCAUUGUGAAUGAAAACCCUGUGGUCAUACAGGUGACUGCUGAGGCUGCUCAGUGUCCCAGUGAGAGUGAUGACUCAGACCAGAAUCAGAACAGGACUGGGCCCUGGUCUGUCCACAUCACACCCCGAGGCUUUUCACUGAGUGUGAAGUUAGAGAUAACUUUAGAGUGUCAGUGUGACUGCAAGAAAAUCCCUGAGGAACGCAGCCCUGCCUGCAAUGGCCACGGGGCUCAUGUGUGUGGCCGGUGUAUGUGCUACGAUCCUUACGUGGGACAACAGUGCGAGAGGGAUCUUUUUGAGCGAGGUGAUGAAUACUGUCGCCCAGGCCCAAAUGACCCUUUGUGUAGCGGUAGAGGAGACUGUGUGGCGGGUUACUGUGAGUGCAAGAGGCGAGCAAACCCGGAAGAAAGGUACAGCGGACAAUACUGCGAGUGCAGCAACUUCGACUGUCCAUACCACAACGGCAGUAUAUGUGGAGGCCAUGGGAAGUGUGAAUGUGGGAGGUGCAUUUGUGAUGUCAGUUGGACCAACGAAUACUGCGGCUGCUCCCUGGAAACUGCUUCAUGUUUGGCAAGAAACAGGCAGCUGUGUAAUGGUAGAGGGAUUUGUGAAUGUGGAACAUGUAGAUGUAACGAUAACAAAUUCACAGGCCCGACCUGUGAGAACUGCCCUGUUUGUCCAGGCGUAUGUAUGGAGCACAGGGAGUGUGUGGAGUGUCGGGCGUUUGGGACUGGAGCACGGAAAGACAGGUGCGACAUAGAGUGUGCCUACUUCUACAUGACUAAGGUGAAGACCAGAGAUGAUGUCCAGAGAUUGAUGUCAGAGUUUCAGGGAGACCCUGUUGCACAUUGUAAAGAGAGAGACGAAGACGAUUGCUUCUUCUACUACAGCUACAUGGUAACGCCCUCUGGGAAAAAGGUGACUGUGGCGCAGAUUAAGGAGUGCUCUUAAUGGGGCUGAAAAGUGAAGUGCCUUAAACCUGCAUUGUUGCUAUUGGCCAACAGGGGGUAACUUCACUAGCUGCAAAAAGAACACCAGCCAAACAGAAGUUCACAAAGCAAUGGUUGACAUCACAGUUGCUACACCAGCUUCUUUGGUAUAGUCAAUGGGAAUGUUCUUGUGUACUGUAGAAGAGAUGAUGUGGCAGGGGAGAGGGGUGUGAUGACAGGUGUCCAAACGUUUUUUCCCCCUGACUGUAACGUAACUACUGGUCCAAGUCAGCCUCACGCUUUGAGUUUUAGUUCACUACAUAUUUUUUUUUUUUUUUUUGGUCCUAAAACCCUAAGUGCAUCUUAAUUGUUGUAAAAAAACAAGGUAUAUAAAAUAAUUUCCAACCUUUGAUACGGUGCCUUCAUGAGAAACCUUUUUUCCUGUCGUCAUUAUUUUACUGCACUGUGUCAUCCUCUCUGCGGCAUCAUGUCUAAUUUACACUCAGGCUAAAUACCUCCACUUUAAAAUGGAGUUGUAAUAAGGUCUACCUCAGCAGGAGAAGUAGAUGAAAUCUUGCUGCAGAACUAUGCCAUGAAAGACAAACUGUUACCAUAUCAGUGGUUUGCCUUGGAUUAUGGUCACAAAAUGUUUCCUGAUCAACAGCCAGAUCAAAGAUGAUCAAGAUUUGGUUGAGAACAGAAAGGUCACAAAGUGUGCACAAACAAAAGAAACAGAGCAUACCUCCAUUCGUAUGAUAAUGCAGUUGUUUCUAGGUAUGAGGCAAGUGCUGUGCUGAAAACGAAGGUCUCUGGCCUGAAGACUUAGCUCCUGGCAAAGCUCAGUUUUCUUUUUCUCUGUAAGAAAAAGAGAAACAAUUCAGUUGCAGUUACAGUUUACAUCCAUGUCCGUGAAAACAUGAAUGCUUCACGCAUUCAAGGUGGCCAAGAUUAGUCAUCAAUUUAGUACCUGACCAAAUGUCUCCCCUUUCGUUCCUGAGAUAUGAUUUUGUACGAUGGCUAGAAAAGUGUUUUUGCAGAACAUUAUGAUGUGACAAUGAAGUUGACCUUUGACCUUUUGGAUAUAAAAUGCCAUCACUUCAUCAUUACAUACUGUUAGACAUUUGUGUGAAAUUUUGUUAUAAUUAGCGUAAGAAUUAUUAAGAUAUGACCGACAACCAAAUUCUAAUCAGUUCAUUCUUAAGUCCAAGUGGAUGUUUGUACCAAAUUUGAGAAAUUCCUGCAUGGCCUUCUUAAGAGACUACAUUCACAAGAACGAGAUGAAUAAAAGGUCAUAUUGACCUUAUUUGGCCCGCAAAAUCUAAUCAGUUCUUCGUUGAAUCCAAUUGAACAUCUGUGCCAAAUUUAAGAAAUUCCCUCAAGGCGUUCUUGAGAUAUCGCAUUCACAAGAGUGAGACACAUGAGGUCCCAGUGACCUUUGACCACAAAAAUCAAAUGAGUUGAUUGUUGCGUCUGAGUGGACAGUUUGUGCCAAAUUGGAAGAAAUUCACUUAAAGCGUUCUUCAGGUAUCACAUUCACAAGAACAGGACAGACAACCCGAAAACAUUACUUUCGGCCAUGGCUAUCGAUGGCGCAGAGGCAAAAAAAAAGAAAAAAUGCUGUUGCAGGGAUGUAACAGCACGAGGGAGGUCAUGCAGCCCGUAAGAGAAUAGUCACAUCAGAGGUCAAGCCACAAGAAACACGGCAAUAGUGAGCAACAGUGUGCUGUAUGUCCAACUGUGCAUGGCACAAAUGACAAAGUAUAGUCCGAUGGCACAUGACAGUGCCUUCACUCUAGUUAGGGUGGUGACAUCACUGGAUAAUCAAUCAUCACUUUCACUGACAACCAUGAAUUUUGCUCCUCAAAUAAAAGACAGCAGAGAAGUAAAUUAAAGAUAAAUAAGAUUUAUUUCCUAACACUUACCAAAUGUUGUCACAUUUCCCUCUUGGUCGAAAUUCAUCUGUGAACGAAAUAAAAACGAAACUGAUCAA